GUGUUACAUUGAUAGCUUUCGCGGAGAUCUAGACGUGAAACCCCCUAAAACAACAAAGUAAAGCAUAGCUUGUAUCUCGGAACGAAGCCGGUACUGUCCAGGCAGAUCAAAACUAGUUGGAUGGCUUUAGUGGGUAUGUUAUCCACAUCCGCAUCGAAGAACGGUAUUAAGCUGUGUGCAGCAUUGCGCGUCCUCCGCUCGAAUGCAGCUGACAAAACAUCUGGGGGUGUCACAAGAUCUGACCCCUUGACUGAACGAAAGUACACAGAUCAUACAGAGAGACAUGUGACUGGUAUCGAUGCUACUAGAACUGUGGCUGAGAUGUGUUUGGACACGGUGUUAACGAGAACUGCACCGCCUACAGCGUUAAUCGUCCAAUGUACAAGCGAGAUCCCAGCACUAGAUCUGUUUGCAAGCAGCCAUGCGGUUGUCUGCCACGUAUCACAGCCGAGUAUAUCGCGAGAUCCGUUGUUUCCAGUUCCCAGCGCUGGGACGGCCGACAGCCGAGUCUGCUCGGGAGAUAGAUGUCUCCGAAGGCAGUGCCGAGCAAGAAGACCCGCUUCGCUUUGACACAGGAGAGUUCGUUGAAUGCUACCCAGCGGUUGACUGUUAUUUUCGGAGCAGCACAUCAAUGCAACGGGUAGAACCUCGGACGUUGCCUAGCCGAAUGCACGUUGAAAUCUCUGAGUGGAUCCUUUCUCCGCGCCAGGGUGCACAGCCAUUCCUCCAUCGGUCACGCCAGAGCUGGGCCGGAUGCAGGGUGCAGAUCGAACGCUAAAAAAGCCACGGCGUCGACCCCUGCAAGGACUUGCAAGGCCCUGCGUCAUCGGUGGUGAUAUGAAAGA